UGGUCUCACACUCUCCGCUCGCUUUCUUCUCUUGGGGUUUUCUCUCUCUAACUGUUUAUACUCAUCUGUCGCCCUCGAGAAUAAAUGCCGAGAAAAAGAAGAACUGAACUCCCCGGCGGGGAUGAGACACCUGCUUCUCAUGAGUCUGGAACAGGACAAGGUGGUGGACCACGCCCUCCCCAACAUCAGCAGCAUGAAGGAGCUUACCAAGGAGGGAGCUACCAAGGAGGAGGGAGAGGCCGUGGAUCUCAGCGUGGAGGGCAUGGUGGCCAAGGUGGUGGAUUUCCACGUGGUGGAAUGUCUCCUCAGCAGCCCUAUGGGCAGCCUGAGUAUGAUGGACAAGGUGGUGUAGCUCCACGCGGUGGAAUGACUCAGCAGUCCUAUGGACAGCCCAUGCAUGGUGGCCAAGGUGGACCUCCACGGGGUGGAAUGGCGCAGCAGUCAUAUGCACAGCCUGCGCGUGGUGGUCAAGGAGGUGGACCACCACGAGGUGGAAUGGCCCCUCAGCAGGCAUAUGGACAACCUGUGCCUGGUGGCCAAGGUGGUGCCCAUCCACGUGGUGGAAUGACUCCUCAGCAGUUGUAUGGACGUCCUGAACAUCAGCAGGGCAGGGGUGCUCCUCAAUAUCCGCGUGGGGGGCCACCUCAGCCAAGUGGUGGUGUAGGUGGGCGUGUUCCAUCUUCCGGAGGUGUGCCUUCUAGGCCCCCUGUUUCCGAGCUGCACCAAGCAACCCAGCCUCAAUACCAAACAGUCUCAACUAUGCCUGCAUCUACAUCAUAUCAUAGGCAAGGAAGUACUGAAGAGGCUAGUAGUUCAUCUAUGCCACAGGAGCCAGUGCAGUUGGCUCAGGAACUUGAGAAGCUUACAGUGCAACCUGAAGGUGCACCCACCCAACCUGCAUCCAGUAAAGCAAUGAGAUUUCCUCGUCGACCAGGACCGGGACAGAGUGGCAUGAGGUGCAUCGUGAAGGCCAAUCACUUCUUUGCUGAGCUGCCUGAUAAAGACUUGCACCAGUAUGAUGUUUCAAUCACCCCUGAAAUCACUUCUCGGGGUGUUAAUCGUGCUGUAAUGGAUCAGCUAGUCAAACUGUACAGGGAAUCUCAUCUAGGAAAGAGGCUUCCGGCAUAUGAUGGAAGAAAGAGCCUCUACACUGCAGGCCCUCUCCCUUUUGUUUCUAAAGAGUUCAAGAUCACUCUAGUUGAUGAAGAAGAAAGGCCCGGUGUUGCCAGACGGGAAAAGGAAUUUAAAGUUGUGAUUAAAUUUGCAUCGCGUGCUGAUCUUCACCAUCUGGGAAUGUUUCUUCAAGGCAAACAAGCUGAUGCGCCACAGGAAGCAUUGCAGGUUUUAGAUAUUGUGUUGCGAGAACUACCCACAUCUAGGUAUUGUCCGGUGGGCCGCUCUUUCUAUUCCCCUAAUUUAGGGCGAAAGCAGCCUUUGGGUGAAGGACUUGAAAGCUGGCGUGGUUUUUAUCAAAGUAUCCGCCCUACUCAGAUGGGGUUAUCACUGAAUAUAGAUAUGUCAUCCACAGCUUUUAUUGAGCCACUGCCUGUCAUCGAUUUCGUGAUUCAGCUUCUGAACAGGGACGUCCUAGCCAGGCCUUUGUCUGAUUCUGACAGAGUAAAGAUCAAGAAAGCUCUACGAGGUGUAAAGGUGGAGGUUACUCAUCGUGGGAAUAUGCGGAGGAAGUACCGGAUCGCUGGUCUGACAUCACAAGCUACAAGAGAGUUGACUUUCCCUGUUGAUGAGUUGGGUACAACAAAGUCUGUGAUUGAAUACUUCCGUGAAACAUAUGGUUAUGCCAUUCAUCACACUCAAUGGCCUUGCCUACAAGUUGGGAAUCAACAAAGAGCUAAUUACCUGCCAAUGGAGGUCUGCAAGAUUGUUGAAGGGCAAAGAUAUUCAAAGCGGUUAAAUGAGAGACAAAUUACUGCACUUCUCAAAGUAACAUGCCAACGGCCACGAGAUAGAGAACAAGACAUCCUUCAGACCGUGAGACAGAACAAUUAUGCUAAUGAUCCAUAUGCAAAGGAGUUUGGAAUUAAAAUCAGUGAAAAGCUUGCUCAGGUUGAAGCUCGGAUUUUACCUGCACCUAGGUUAAAAUACUCUGAUAGUGGCCGUGAGAAAGAUGUCCUUCCUGAAGUUGGACAGUGGAAUAUGAUGAAUAAGAAAAUGGUUAAUGGUGGAGUAGUGAACACCUGGUUUUGCCUAAACUUCUCCCGCAAUGUGCAAGAUAAUGUUGCUAAAGGCUUUUGUUCUGAGCUUGCUCAAAUGUGCUAUGUAUCUGGCAUGAUGUUCAAUCCAAAUCCAGUUCUCCCCCCAACCUUUGCACGCCCAGAUCAGAUAGAAAGAGCAUUGAAAGCUAGAUAUCAUGAAGCCAUGACCAAACUACAAGGGAAAGAUCUUGAUCUUUUAGUGGUUAUUCUUCCUGACAACAAUGGCUCUCUCUAUGGUGAUUUGAAAAGGAUUUGUGAGACUGACCUUGGGGUUGUGUCACAAUGCUGUUUGACUAAACAUGUUUUCAAGAUGAGCAAACAAUAUCUUGCCAAUGUUUCGUUGAAGAUAAAUGUUAAAGUUGGUGGAAGGAACACUGUGCUUGUGGAUGCACUAUCUAGGAGAAUUCCACUGGUCAGUGACCGUCCAACUAUUAUUUUUGGUGCUGAUGUCACCCACCCUCAUCCCGGAGAAGAUUCAAGCCCAUCCAUUGCUGCUGUUGUUGCUUCUCAGGAUUGGCCUGAGAUUACAAAGUAUGCUGGUUUGGUUUCAGCGCAAGCACAUAGGCAAGAGCUCAUUGAAGAUCUGUUCAAAACAUGGCAAGACCCGGUUAAAGGGAAUCUGACUGGCGGCAUGAUUAAGGAAUUGCUCAUGUCUUUCCGCCGAGCAACUGGGCAUAAGCCCCAGAGAAUUAUUUUCUACAGGGAUGGAGUGAGUGAAGGACAAUUCUAUCAAGUACUUCUCUUUGAACUUGAUGCAAUUCGCAAGGCAUGCGCAUCACUUGAACCCAAUUAUCAGCCUCCAGUGACCUUUGUUGUGGUUCAGAAACGACAUCAUACCAGGUUGUUUGCCAACAACCACAAUGACAGGAAUUUAGUUGACAGGAGUGGUAACAUCCUGCCUGGUACUGUGGUGGAUUCCAAGAUUUGCCACCCUACCGAGUUUGACUUCUACCUCUGUAGCCAUGCUGGUAUACAGGGAACUAGUCGGCCAGCACAUUAUCACGUUUUAUGGGAUGAAAACAAUUUUACUGCUGAUGGUCUUCAGUCAUUAACUAAUAAUCUCUGCUACACAUAUGCAAGGUGCACGCGCUCAGUAUCAAUUGUUCCUCCUGCAUACUAUGCCCAUUUGGCAGCAUUCAGAGCCAGAUUCUACAUGGACCCAGAAACAUCAGACAGCGGGUCAAUGACAGGCGGAGCUGCUGCUGGCCGUGGUGGUGCCGCCGCAGGGAGAAAUACUCGAGCGCCAGGUGCUAGUAGUGCCUCCGUCAGGCCCCUUCCUGAUCUCAAGGACAACGUUAAGAGAGUCAUGUUUUAUUGUUAGUCUAUCCCCUCCCAUUCGGUGAAUGACUGUUUUUAUGUUUAUUUUGGUGUGGAGGUUGUGCUUAUCUAUCAGACGCUUUCAUUCAUGACAGUCCGACUUUGGGGUUUGUUAGUAUCAUCCUCGGAAAGAGACCUAACUCUAUUGUUAUGUAAGAUUUGCGUGCUUUGUGUGAUAUGAUAUUUGUGUGGUUUUCUUGAUUUGUGCCGUUUAUGGGUUGCUUUGGCCUCAAAUUUAUUGCUCCCUCUGUUCAAGAUUAAUAGUUUUAGUUUGGUUUAUAAAGUUAGAUCUUUUUA